AUGGCUCCAAAGAAACACCAAUCAGCCAAACCCGAAACCAAAAGCAAAGCGGAUAAUGUCGAUGAAGCACCUUUACAAGCUGUAGUACUUGCCGAUUCAUAUAACAGAAGAUUCGAAGUACUGUGUAAUGAUCAACCUAGAGUGUUAUUACCACUUUGCUCAACACCUUUAUUAGCUUGGACAUUGGAAAGUCUGAGUUUAAGUAAAGUCAAACAGGUAUUCAUAUUCUGCGGUGUACAUUCAGAAAAAAUCAGAUCUUUCGUUGAAUCAUCACCAUAUAGACAUACGCUUGACAUACAAUGUCUUUCUUCCCAAACUGCAAGAUCAGCAGGUGACGCUCUUCGAGAACUAGAUGAUAUGCAUGUGUUGAACGCCGACAACCCUUUCAUCCUUGUUCAUUCACCCAUAAUAUCAAAUUAUGAUAUAUCGAAAAUGGUUGAAGCACACAAGAAGAGAAGAGAAGAAGACAAGAACUUCAUCAUGACAAUGGGUAUCGGAUUAGGCGGACGACGACAUCCUGAAUCACCUAUCAUGCUAGUACAUCCACCUUCAUCUAGAUUAUUACAUUAUGUUCAAAAUCCAUUAUCGCCUUCUCAAGCAAGGAUUGAUUUCCCCUCCCGUCUGUUCUUAGAUCCAUGGCCAAAGAAUAUCGACACCUAUGAAGUGUGGUCUGGAACACCUUCAACCUCAUCUUCUUCAAGAGGCGGUUAUAGAGAUUUAGGUGUGGACAUAUGUGAAGCUGAUGUACCUGCUUUAUGUACUGAAAAUUUCGAUUAUCAUGAUAUGAGAAGAGGUUUCGUUAAUGGUGUCUUAACUUCUGAUUUACUUGGAAAAAAAAUCGCUGUACAUGUCGUAGGAAAAGAUGAUCAAGAUGAAGAUCAUCAACAACAACAACAACAGACACAUAGGGGUGAUUUGAGAAGUGGAACUGGUGGUUCUUACCUUGAGCGAAUCAGAGAUACCAGAACUUUUGGUGAGAUCACACGUGACGUACUGAGGAGGUGGGCUUUCCCACUUGCACCUGAUAAUAACGAACCUGGAGGUGUACAAUAUGAAUUGAGAGCAGGGAACGUCUAUAUCGCUAAAGACAAUGUUGUUCUUUCGAGAACCACUACUCUCUCUGGCCCACUGCUCAUUGGACCUAGAUCAGCACUUGCCCACAACACCCACAUUCGUCAAUCCACCCUGGGGGCAGACUGUACUGUCGGACCAAGUACCACAAUCUCCCAAUCCUAUCUCUUCGACGAUGUCAGAGUUGGUGCCAACUGUACUCUGCGCGAGUGUGUCGUAGGGGAAGGAGUGGUCAUUGCAGACGAUGUGCAAAUUGGCAAAGGUGUCUUGUUAGGAAAUGGAGUGAGAUUAGGUAGAGGAACUCGAAUACCUGAUUUCGCUAGAAUCGGAAGAGAGAGAUACAGAGGUGAAGAUUUCGAUUCUGAUGAGGAGGAAGAGGAGAAUGAUGAUGAUAGAGAUCAACGGUUGGAAAUUCUUGGAUCAGACUCUAUCGGAUACUUAUGGCCCAACGAAGAAGAGGAACCACCUUCAGAUUCAGAUGAGGAAGAUGACGAUCCAUAUGAACAUCCAAAGAACAAACAGUUAUUGCAAUUGGGACGAAGAUUGUCAAACCUAUCUACAUCCACAGUCUCACUUUCAACCUUGUCCAAAGCCUCCUCCUCAGCUGCUUCAUCACCUCUAUCGAUCGCAUCUUCAGCAUCUACGUUACCUGAUAUCGCACCCCUUUCACUUAAUCAAGGACCAAGGGAAGAAUUCUAUGUUGAAGCUAGGGAAUCAUUGGUUAGAGCAUACGAAGAAGAUCACCGUGUUGAGAAUGCAGCAUUGGAAAUGAGAACUUUGGUCAUGGGUGAAAAUGCAGGACAAGAUGCAGCGAGAAAGGAAAUCAUCAAUUUCUUCUUAACGAAAGUGUCAUUAGAAGGAGGCGCACCACAAAUAUUGAAAUCUACUACUAGUGUAUUUGAAAGAUGGGGUGGCUUAGUCAGAUCAUUCUCGACAACGGAUUAUACAUUGAUCGCGCUUGAUGUACAAAAUUAUUGUGUGGAGAAUAAAGAAUAUUCACAAUGGUUUGGAAUCAUCCUGAGAGGUUUAUAUGAUUCGGAUACGAUAACAGAAGAUGAAUUAAUCGAUUGGAGAGAUUCAAGUAUUGCAAGAGGGGAAGGUACCACUAAUCCUCAAGAAAAGAAAGAAUGGUUGGACGUCUAUCAAAAAGGUAAACCAUUUGUGGAUGUUCUGGAAAGCAUGGAAAGUGAUGAUGAUGAAGACGAUGAUGACGACGAAGAGGAGGAGGAAUCAGAUUAG